GUUGGACUAGGGCUAGUGCGAGAGAGACAAGCUCUGGAGUGGGUGUGUGUUGCGAUGCUACACUAUGAACAACGCCGACUGCCUAUGUCAGUGGCUGACUAAGCUAUGGAGAUCGCCGAGGGACUGCCUCUAGGCUCUGAAUGCUCGCUGAUGGACUGCCUCUAGUCUAUGCCUUGGGACCCCUGGUCCAACGGGAAUAGAUGCGCGGACCCUGGUGACCUUCCGUCCAGGUAUGAGCGGAGCCCGAGAGAAACUGCAAUGGGCAUCGAAGCGCGUCACCACUGUGCAGGAAGACGUUGCGUACGCGUUAUUUGGUAUCUUCGGCAUCACCCUACCUGUCAUUUAUGGCGAGAAGAAACAGAACGCACUCGGUCGGCUCCUGCAGGAGAUCGUGGCUCGAUCGGGCGAGAUCACUGUCCUCGACUGGAUUGGACAACCUUCCGAGUUCAAUAGCUGUCUUCCGGCCCAUAUCACCUCUUACACUACUCCUCCGCGCACCCCUUCGCCUUUGUCUGAAGAGUAUAUUCACACCCAAGUCUCUUCGCUGCGACACACCGUGUCUGCAGGUCUAGCAUCGAAAUUUUAUGACCAGCUUGAACAGCUUAGAGCUCCUCGCUUUGCAAACUGCAGGCUUCAUCUGCCUUGCAUUUCAUUCCGUGUCACGGAAGUCAGACGGAGGCGCGGUCUGACCCAGGAGACUCCCAUCACGUAUAGAAUCAAGGCAGACGGGCUUCACGACCUGCUUAUCACCACUGAAGAGACCCUAGUUCAGUUCUCACGGGCGAGGCCCACUCAGCAAACGUUCUUACUUGUCCGUCCAUGGGAUCGGCAUCUCCUCGGGGUGCCUGACUUUGCAGAGCAGUCUGACUUCGCAGACGAUACAGAGAGCAUAGGAGAUUGGACCGAGCCCGGGUCCCCGAUAGACGACUCCGACGAGUUGCCCGGCGAUUCACCUGUUAAAGGGGAGCCUGGCUCACGAGCGUUGCGGUUGAUGGUUCGCCUCGGACAGCCUUUCGAUGCAUUUUUGCUAGCGCAGCAGCGUAUCGGAGAAUACAAGAGGAUCGCAUCGGACUAUAACAUCAUUGCACAAGUGAAAGACAUUACAUCGGUUGAUAGCAUGGACGUCGGUACGGUAGAAAUACUCUAGCUAAUAGCUAUCUAUAGGCAUUGGGUACCAUUACGCCGCUGUGCGUUCAUAGUGUUCUCUACGGUUCGCCGAUUUCUGCUUCAUUUCACUGCGUCGGUUGUCUUCAGAAUGAAUGAUACAAUAAUUUUUAGCGAUAACCCUAUACAUAUAUUGGCCCUAUCAUUGACGAUGAAUGCAAAUCUGUGCAUAUCUCUUUGUCGAUGAUGUACCUAACUAGUCUUCUCUUGGCCUUCGUAUUAUUGCUCAUUCAUUUGUCUGUAUUGGACUUACAGCUUACAGCCCCUUCCCGAUGGCGCGAGCGCCUUUCCGAUGGUCAUUAAAGUUUCACACAGUACUUUUUCAGUCAAGCAGGAAAAUGGAUGUUUUAGUGCAUUGAAUGCGAC